GCCGCCUUUGCUGCCAGGGAGGAUCGGAGAUAUCUGCUGCGAGCCCUUGGGGGGCAAAAGUGCCGGGAGAUUGCUUGCAGACUGCUCUGCAUCAGUCUUUUGGGGAGAAGCCGCAGCUGAGGAGCCUCUGCAGGAGCUUGUUGUCUUCAAACAGUAACUGAAGGGGAAGGAAGCUUCUGAGAAUCAUGAUGUCCCUGGGUGUCAGUAAAGGACGUGUCAUUCCACCCACGGAUGAAGACCGCAGGAGGAUCAUUAAGCAGAUGAAGGUUCGCACCACCCUGAAAGGAGAUAAGAGCUGGAUCCACCACCACAACUCGGACUCUGAGGAUGAGAAGAAGAGCAGCCCGCUGUCUGGACGGGCCAGUGGGGGAUCCCCAGCCUCAACACCUAUUGCUCCCCAGAGCGACAGGUCUUCUGCCUCCAAGCCUCAAUCUGGUUACCUCAUCAGAGGGGUGUUCACAAGAACCAUCGAUAAGACGUCUUCCGUGCCAGAUUCUUCAUCUUCUAAUGAAGCACAAAAAAGCACUGCCGCAAAGGGACGCAGCCUGUGCCGUUCUUCCUCUGGCUACAGGAUGACCACUGAGGAUUACAAGAAACUAGCUCCGUAUAAUGUCAAACAAAAAUCAGUGGACUUGGAUGAGGAGGAUGUGCCUUUUACUCCAGAUGAACAUAAAAAGAGGACAGAGGCAGCCAACAGUGUCCUUAGACGCACUGCCAGCAGGGAACGUGCUUACGUCCUCUCGGCGGCCAAGAAAAGCAACGGCAGUCCAACACAAGAAUUUCCACCCUUGUUUGCCAAGAGAAUUGAGAUAGAAGAAGAGGAAGGCCAGCAGAGGAGGAGUCCAACUGUGUCUGGUUCAUGCAGGUUUACACCAGAUGACAACAGUACUAAUGGGCUGAGAAAAACCACCGCUGGGUCUUCCUGGAAUGAGCCAAAGACAACAGCAAUGUCUCCCUCCAGCCCUGAAAUAGGCAGUAAGAGCCAGCCAACCACAUCCUUCAGUGAAAUUUCAGAGAGAAUCUCCACUUCUGCUGAAAUCAGAAAUGGUGAAAACAGACAGGCCUCUAAUGGGAAAUCCUCAUCUGAAACUGUGUCACAGCAUGGGGAUGGUGACAAAUCUCUGAAGGAAAAGUCUGAGCCAUUCCCAUGGGAUGAACUGGCCCCCAGAGCAAGUGUGGUUUCCAUGAAUGGAAGUUAUCCUGAACACACAGAAGCCACCAAUGGAAUUCACCCACCAAAGGACAGACCUGCAGAUGCUACAGACAAGCUGCACCGUCAGUAUGAGACCUCUUGCUACCUGGAUGAUGCAAAGUCUGAACCUGCAAGGUCUAGCUUGCAGUCUGAUGUCCCUUCUCCUCCUACUGAGAGAGCCCCUAUGCACCUGGAGGACACAGAAUAUUCCUUUAAAGGAUCUGUCCUGGGCUAUGAGGAGAGAAGCAGCACCCAAGAGAGCAGAUACACAAGUCCUGAGGUCCCAGCAUACAGCAAGCCUUACUGGAAUGAAGUGAUGUCUUCCCAAGAUUUCAAAGAGGGGAAGACCCCUAGAGAAAGGGGGCAUGAGAGCAUGCAGGCCUCAGAUGACUAUAAACCAGACCUGAUCCAAGAAGGGUUUUCAGACUCAAACAACCAUAUUGAGAGGGGACAAGAACAUCCUGACCAUGAUGUCCACCCAGAACCUCCCAGGUUGACGGAACGUACUGAAUUUGAACCCAGCAUGCCUAGGUCCAUGCCAUGCUCCAAGGACAACACUAGUGGGAGCAUGGACAUUAACAAGGAGAUAUCGCCGUGUGUGCAGAGUGAAGAAGUCAAUUCAAGAUGGUCCAGCUCUCUACCAAGAGAAAGCAGCAUCACUGCUCCAGAGACCCAAUGUGCAAAUGAAUCUGACCCAUGCCGGGAAAGGAUCACUUCAGCUUAUGAAGAACAAACCCACCCCACCACAGAUAGUCACCAUGAGAGCCCAGGAGACUGGAGACACAAUGAGCCUAACCCAGUGGCAGCCAGCAGGUCUAACUUCAGCUCUAAAGAGAGUGCUCUCUGUGCAUAUGAGACCCAGCAUCCCAAGCCACUGUACUGCCAGGUACAGGACCACCAGCCUUAUAACACCAGCGUGUCAGCACCCAGUCACAGGAUCCCAUCCUAUGUAGACAGCCAAGUAUUCAGCACCAGAAGACCUACCCCAGAUUAUGAAGGGAGAGUUUUUGAUGGGAGAAGCAGCCCUAGGAACAGCAGAUAUGACAGCGCUAGUGCCAGGGGGCACUGUGAAUUUAAUCCCACAGCCGGACGCCACGACUCCCUUCCCAGAGAUACCACCAUGUCCAUUUCCCAGAGAAGCCACAGGGUGCCGUUCUACAUGGACAGCUUAAACUGUAACAGCACCAGGCUUCUGUCAAGUUCGAGUGAGAGGAUCUGCAGUCCGAUUGCCACCUUAUCGCACAACAGCCUAGCAGCCUCUGGGUACCAGCCCGAUUCCAGCACUGCCGGAAAAGGGGUCCUCUUUGUGAAGGAGUACGUGAACAGCAGCGAGUUAUCAGCCUCCCCACGCUAUGGCAGUGGCAGCCUUGUGGAUUUGACUGAUUUGGAGAGAGCAACGUACAGCCACCACAGCUACCUGUCCAGCACUCCCCUGCAGAGGUCCAGUGAACCUGUUUGCAGUUACUGCAGCCGUGAGAUCCAAGACUGCCCUAAGAUCAUAAUAGAGCAUCUUAACAUCUGCUGCCACGAAUACUGUUUCAGGUGUGGAAUUUGCCACAAAGCAAUGGGAGAUCUUCUGGAUAAAAUAUUCAUCCACCGGGACAUUGUCCACUGUGACAAGUGCUAUGAGAAACUCUUCUAGGGUUUUGCAAAGCUGGAGAAGGCAGCCAGUGGAAAGUCCUCAGCAGCACGUAUCAGAAUAUAUCUAGCAGUUCCUGACUGGCUAAGAUAGCAGAAUUCCUGCUCUCCGCUUUCCUCAAGUUAUUUUCCCUCUCACUGCCUCAUCACAAUGAAUGAGUUUAACAUCCGCUAGUUCAUGCUGUCAGCUGCAUACAAGACAAGUGCCAAUGUUAACAAGAUAAGGCAGUGUCAUCUACAAAGAUAAGUGGGCUGAUUUUCCAAAGGUGCUGAGCCCCUCCACCUGUCUUUAACUUCAUUAAGAUUCCAGAGUACUCCCUGUGUUGGAAGUCAGGCAGAGCUCCUUAGGCCUAUCUAAGCUAAUUGCGAGAAACCUUUUCUGAUUUUUUUUUUCUUUCAUUUCUGCAAUCAGGCUGCAGCUUAGUGCGUGUGAGCUGGCACAAAGCAAGCAGAUACGAGAAGUGUUAAACACUAAAUUUGGAUUCUUGGGAGGGUUUGAAUUUAGUUCUUAGCAAAAGCCUAUUUCUGCUUCUCUCACCCCCAAAUUCUGCCUAGAAAUAGCUUCUGCCUGAUUUCCAUUUGCUUUUCAUGGGCUUUCAGGAGCACUUGCAGACUCACUUUACUCUAAUUGUUUGUCAGCUUUAAUUUCCCUUUCCUGCCUACUCCCUAGUGGAUUGCUGCAGCAGCAUCUGUGUCUGCUGUCUGUUUGGGAAGAUAACGCUCUCUUUCACCUGGUAGUUUAACUUGGCCUCUGAUGGUAGGUGUCUCGUGGCCGUACAAAAUGUGCCAGAGAAUAGGUAUCUCAAUUGCCUCUCCUGACAAGGAGCACUGCUUGACUGAAAUCUGAAUUUCCCCCCACCUCGCCAAGGCUUGCUGUAAUGCCGCUUUUAUUGCUGUAAAUUAUUUACAUCACAAAUGCUCACUCACAAAAUUGAACUUCUAGCAGAUGCUGUACUUACUACAAGUCAGAAUCGCAUAAUUUUAGCCCUUAAUUCAGAUGCUGAGAGGUUGAGAAAGCUGAAUACCAAAACCUGAAAGUCAGCCUCUACGCCUUAAAAGUACAGCUCUGAGUGUGUCCAAAGAGUUACUGUUUUCUCUUUGAAAGCAUUAGGAAUGUCUGCAAAGCACCCAAGUCAGUUCUGUAGUAGCUCGUACUUGGAAAUAGGUGAUGGCAAAAGCUCUAAUGCAGACUAUUGUUAGCUAGAUAAUUCCUUAUACGCUUAGUGAUGGAAGCUGGCAUGAAUGCAAAAGCUUAGCAAGUUAGUGUUUUACAGCACAAGUGCUACUUAGCUUUUUUUAGGCCACUGUACCAGUUAUUUAACUGAACUAUAGGCAUGACCUCAGAAGCAGCUCCAUGAGGGGAACUCCGGUUGAAAGCAGUAACAGCUCUGCUACUGGCAAGCUUCAGGUUGAGACCUUAAAGCCACAUCUGCAACACGGGAGUGGGCAGCUCCAUUUUGAGCGUGCGUGGUACAACCAAGGGACCACUGAGCCCUUGAAAACCCAGUAGUCACAAAGGUGUAAUUUUCAAAAAUGACCACUGAUUUUGGCUGCCUACAUUUCGAAGUUAUCAAGAUGUUAAAGAGACGUUACUUUCUGCACAGAAGAGGGUCACAAAGCAUCUCAUUGCUCAUUUCUGAAAGCCAUGGCCAGCGGUUCCUUACUGGUACCUGUACCAGUGGUGGGGAAUGACUGGUACAGCAGCCGUUACACAUCUCAUUAUGCCAUGGUCAAAGAGGGAUUGUUUAAAAUACUGAAACAGAUGGGCCUGUAACUUCAGAUGCACUUUGAGAAGGUGAUCUGCAGAAAUAACGUAUUCACCACUUCCAGAGUUCCUGACGGGUACGUGGCCUUACGGGGAACAGGAUUUGUCCAUCGUAUGUUCUGCACCAUGUCUCCUCAGCAUUGCCUUUCCCUGUAGCAUUUGUUUCACCUCAGUAUACACCUCUAAUAAACAGUCUUAGCUCACGUGCAGCUUCCUCACCUGCGUCAGCAUAUAACACGCUCCUGUUGUCUGCCCUUUGAUCUGAUGGUCUCUGUCAGUUUUUUGCUUCUCAGUGGCCUACGGUCAUGACCCGUCAGUAAAGUCACUGAAUGCUUUGUUGGAGGAUGUGG